UCCGUCGGUGAGCGAGCUGUCCCGGGCGGUGCGCACCAACAUCCUGUGCACCGUGCGCGGCUGCGGAAAGGUCCUGCCCAACGGGCCCGCGCUCAACAUGCACCUCGUCAAGAGCCACCGCCUCCAGGAUGGCAUCGUCAAUCCCACCAUAAGGAAAGAUUUGAAAAGCACACCCAAGUUCUACUGCUGUCCGAUCGAAGGGUGUCCCCGAGGCCCCAACAGGCCGUUUUCCCAGUUUUCUCUGGUCAAACAGCACUUUAUGAAAAUGCACGCCGAGAAGAAGCACAAGUGUACGAAAUGCAGCAACUCGUACGGCACGGAGUGGGACCUGAAGCGGCACGCGGAGGACUGCGGCAAGACUUUCCAGUGCACGUGCGGCUGCCCGUACGCCAGCAGGACGGCCCUGCUGUCCCACGUCUACCGAACCGGACACGAGCUCCCCGCGGAGCACCGGGACCCGCCUAGUAAGAAGAGGAAGAUGGAGAGCUCGGGGCCGCCCCCGCCAGCCUCAGCCAAGGCGACGGACUCCGCCCCGGUCAGCACGGGAAGCCCCCCGCCAGACCCUCAAGGGCCGGAGCCCUCGGAGGUCAAGCAGGAGGCUCCGUUCGAAGGCCCGUGCGGGCCUCACGUCAAGAAGCGGGGUCUCACCCCAGCGCGGGGCGCGCCGAAGCCGCUUCUGCCGAGGCCCAGGGUGGCGUUGCUGAAAGUCCCCAUCGUGCAGUUCUCUCACCUGCCGAUCCUGGUGCCGGCCGCCGACCCCUCGGGGCAGCCGUUGCUGGUGGGCCUGGAAAACCAGGGCCCGGUGGUGAACGCCGUCCGCCUUCUCCCGCUGCCGGUGGGGACCGUGCUAGCGGAGCUGGACGCCGAGGCCUUCCCCCUCGAAGACGGCCCGUCCGCCCCGAGAGCGGCGAGCGCCGUGGCCGGCAAACCCGUCGGCCCCGAGGCGCGAGCCGACUUGAGAGACCCCUCUCCCGGUGCCUUGCCGGGCCCGGGGGGCGCCUGCCGGGAGAGGAAGAUUUCUCCCGCCGACGUCCAGAUGGCCGUCUCCUGUUCCUCCGAGCCCUUCGCCCCGCCACCUCCGUGGGGUCCCCCGGACUCCUCGGUCUCUUCCUGCUCUCAGACGGAUCUGACCUUCGGCUCCCAAGUGUCCCUUCCCAUCAGCGUCCAGACCCAGACGUUCCUGCCCCACCCCAAGGUGACGUCGUCCAUCGCGGCUCAGACCGACGCUUUCGCUCAGGCGUGUCUCCAGGCGUGCGGGGUCUCGCGAGAAACCCAGACCAACCCGACCGGGGCGGCCGAGGCCCCUCCCGACGACCGUCGGCUCCUGGACCAAGCCGUGAUGGGCGGCGACCUUUUCGAGAGCGUCCACUCGCCGUACGGCGUCUCGGCCCCGGGCGACGGGACGAUCCCUCUGGACGCCGGAGCCGGGGCCCAUGGCUUGUUGUCCCCAAACGGCUGUAAGACCCUGAGCCAAGAGCUAGUGAAGUCGGCCCCCAUUCUGAGCUUCGGGGCGCAGGGUAACUUACUUCCUCCCCAGACCAUGACGGACAAUCAGACCCAGACGAUGGAUCUGCUCAACGACCUGGAGAACAUCUUGACGGGGAACCUGUCGGGCCAGGCCCUGGAUAAUCGUAGCAUUUUGUCGGGCGCCGGGCCCGACUGCGGCCAGCUGGCCCCGGGCCCCCCGCAGAACCCGGCCAUCGAUUUUGACAUCGAGGAGUUCUUCUCGGCCUCCAACAUCCAGACGCAGACGGAGGAGAGCGAGCUGGGCGGCAUGCACCCCGAACCGGUCUUGGAGUCGCUGGACAUCGAAACGCAGACCGACUUCCUGCUGGCCGACGGCAUCCCGCCGCCUUUCGGCUGCCGGGGGAGUUCCGGCUUCCUCGGCUUGGAGAUGUUCGACACCCAGACCCAGACGGACCUGAAUUUCUUCCUAGACUCCGGCGGCCCCCUGCCCCUGGACAGCCUCCUGAAGCAGUCCAGCUUCUCCGUGAGCACCGACUCCUCCGACACCGAGACCCAGACGGAAGGGCCGAACCCGGCGAGGGGCGGCCCCAGGCCGCCCCCGGAGAGCAAAGUCCAGCUGAACAGCGCGGAGACUCAGACCGUGGGUGGCGGCUUGGAGACCCUCGGGAGUUUGUUCCUCACCAGCAACGAGACUCAGACGGCCAUGGACGACUUCCUCCUGGACACCAUGGAGUCCCAGUUCAGCUCGGUGGAGACGCAGACGUGCGCCGAGCUGCGUUCAGUCCCGAGGUUCUGAGGCGCGGGAUCAGCGGGGACGGAUGCCCACCCUC